AUCCGGGUAACUACGCCUGACUGCGCGCCGAACGAGGAAGUGAAUGGUCAGCUGAUUUGUCCUCCCGCCUUUCUUCAGUCAUCACGUGACUCACUGGCAGGCGUUGCUGUCACCGCGAAGGGAAUGGGGGAGCAGUGACGGGGAAGAGCUUCUUUCGGCGUCGGCCGUUUUUCCUGCCUCUGCUUCCUCCCCUCCCCCACUUCUCUGCCCACUCAUCAGACGCCGGAUCACCUGUAUCUUCUGAAGUAAUCAGUGUCAAGAUAAAGUGACAAGAAUGACAGAGUUCUGGCUCAUUUCUGCUCCUGGGGAGAAAACAUGUCAACAGACAUGGGAGAAACUGAAUGCUGCAACUACUAGAAAUGCCAACCUCUCCACCAAUGCAAAGUUUAAUAUUCCAGAUUUAAAGGUUGGCACCCUUGAUGUUUUAGUGGGCUUGUCAGAUGAACUGGCUAAACUAGAUGCAUUUGUGGAAGGUACUGUGAAGAAGGUGGCCCAGUAUAUGGCUGAUGUGCUCGAAGACAGUAAAGAUAAAGUUCAGGAAAACCUUCUGGCCAAUGGUGUUGACUUAGUCACCUACAUAACCAGAUUCCAGUGGGAUAUGGCAAAGUAUCCAAUCAAACAAUCUCUGAAGAAUAUUUCAGAAAUAAUUGCUAAGGGAGUGACUCAGAUUGACAAUGAUCUAAAAGCAAGGGCAUCUGCAUACAACAGCUUGAAAGGCAACCUUCAGAACUUGGAAAGGAAGAAUGCGGGAAGUUUAUUAACAAGAAGUCUUGCGGAAAUUGUAAAGAAAGAGGACUUUGUACUUGAUUCCGAAUAUUUGAUGACAUUGUUAGUGGUUGUACCAAAGUCUAAUUAUAAUGACUGGAUUAAGCAGUAUGAAACACUGACAGAUAUGAUAGUCCCACGAUCCAGCAAUGUUCUUUCUGAGGACCAGGAUAGUUAUCUCUGUAACAUCACCUUGUUCAGGAAGGUAGUGGAUGAAUUCAGACAAAAAGCCAGGGAAAACAAAUUUAUGGUCCGUGAUUUUCAAUAUAAUGAAGAAGAAAUGAAGGCAGACAAACUAGAAAUGGACAGACUGUCUACUGACAAGAAAAAACAGUUUGGACCUCUUGUCCGGUGGCUGAAAGUGAAUUUCAGUGAAGCUUUCAUUGCGUGGAUUCAUGUGAAAGCACUAAGAGUCUUUGUUGAAUCAGUUCUCAGGUAUGGUUUGCCAGUCAACUUCCAGGCAAUGCUGCUCCAACCAAACAAGAAAAUGAUGAAGAAAUUGAGAGAGGUUUUGUAUGACUUGUACAAACACCUUGACAGCAGUGCUGCAGCUAUCAUCGAUGCAACUAUGGAUAUUCCAGGCUUGAAUCUCAGUCAGCAGGAAUACUAUCCCUACGUGUAUUACAAGAUAGACUGUAACUUGCUUGAAUUCAAGUAAAUGACUUUUGAUGUUGGUGAUCCUCUCAUGGUAUUGGCGUACAAGCAGAAAUGAGGUUGAAGAACAGUGAUGCUUCUAAUUCUCUUGUAAACCUGUGCUUGCUUCUUCCUCCCUUUUGCGUAGGAGAACAUUCUCCAUUGUGGACCAUCUCUUGACAUUUUUCUUUCUAAAAAGAGAAGUAUAGUAUUGCUUUUAAUUGAUCAGGUCUGUAAAUGUAUAUUGAGAGAAUCAGAGUGUAUUUAUAAAUAGUCAUUUAUUUAAAGGUAAUAAUGAAAAAAGAUCAUUCCUCUUUCGUACAGUGGUUUGCAUCAAUUCCAUUGACCAUCCUCCAUGAAAACCUUGUUUACAAAGGGAAAUAGUGAGGGGGGAAAACUUAUGCCAUUUUGUUCACUGUGUUUCAUAGAUAUAUACAGCUGUAAACAUUGUUAUUGAAUUGUGAUGUAAUAUAUGUGGAGAUUGAUAUUCAGUCUGUGGUUUCUGGAUGUUUUAAAUAUACAAUACAUCCUGCACUGAAAAUACAGGAUAAAAUAAAAGCACCAGUGCAACUGUAUUGCAUGCCUGUCUCACUAUAAUACAACUAAGUGACAAGUUACUCUGCCCCGUUUUAAAGGGUGAAACAAUUGCCUGUCUUAGCAUCUGGAGCAUCAGGUUUGUGUUGGUAAUUGGUGAAGCCAGAAUGAUGGCUUAAGUCUCAAACCAACUAUUUGCUUUGGAUCCUGAGAUGCUCAGGAGAAAGGUGAGCAUGCAUUUCAUAUUAGUAGACCAAACAUCCCUUACAGAAUCCGUGGCUUGAAAGAAGUGAAGGUAUGAACAGCAAAAGUCACCAUGAUCUUACUGUGGCCAAGUAAAUGACUAGACAAUGACCUUUUUAUGUCCACCGUGUGCUCUUAGUAUAUUCUGUUCUGUUCUUAUAAUUAAGAAUAGUCUAUUUCUGAUAUACUCCAAGUAAUAUUCUGAGGCUGCUGUACUUCAGUCAUAAACUUUUGUUUCUGGACAUUAGAGGGCACCCUAGAUCCACUCUUCAAAGGACAUGAUGCCUGUGGGAUAUCCUUUGUAUACAGUGUUGAUGAACUGGGAACUUUUGUACUUGUUACCAUAACAGUGAUGUAGGAAUGCCAAAAACAAUCCUGAUAUCAGCUGAUUUGUCCAGUAGUGUUUUUAGUCUGCUGUGAUCUAUCUUUUCUCCCUUGUGCUAUAGUCAAAGAUAAUUGUCAAGGGCUGAUGUUAACAUGUAGUUUAGCUGCAAGUAGUAGUACUUGAGAAUGGGGUAGCACUUGGUAACUUAACUUGGAAGCUUGUAAACUGUUACACCCAUGUCCAGAAGGUUCCAUGAUUAAAAAGACAGCUGUUGCCACAACUCUUACCUGCAUAUUGUAAUUAUGUUUUUUAAAUAAAGUUAUUUUAAAGAUCCAAAUUAA